AAUAUCGCCUCUCUCACUGGAGAAAUGGCAACAAAAGAUGAAGUGUUAAAACGAAUGUCAUCGGUGGCGUUAGUACACAUUGCAACGCAUGGUAAGAUGGAAACUGGAGAGGUUUUCCUGGCACCCAACACCACAAGAGAAAACCCAAAUCCUCAAGAGAAGGACUACCUCAUGACGAUGGAGGAUGUGGUACAAGCUGGGCUGCGGGCACGACUUGUUGUAUUGAGUUGCUGUUACACUGCUCGAGGGGAGAUCAUGGAUGAGGGUGUGGUAGGCAUCGCGCGAGCACUUUUAGGUGCUGGUGCUAGAUCUGUUGUGGCAACCUUAUGGGCGAUUGACGACGAGGGAACUCUGGAGUUCAUGAGUUUCUUCUAUGAUGCGCUUGUUAAAGGAAAGAAGACAAGUGAAGCUCUCAAUCAGGCCAUGAAGUGUAUGAGAGAAUUUGAAGUGUUCAAGGAGGCGAAGUACUGGGCACCAUUUGUACUCAUUGGUGAUGACGUCAGCCUGGAUUUCAAGGAUAUUUUGACGCUGAAGCAGCUAAACAAGUGAGCAUCGGAAUCCCGGGGAGUUUGCAGCUACCUACAAACCCUAAGAUACCGAUUACGUAUCUGUCAAGAGUCUUCUUUGUAAAGCAGGAAGAACCAAAAGACAGCCAAC